UCUCCUUCAGUUGGGGAGUUGAUCCACUUUAACUUUCUCAGAGACAGUAAUAACAACCCGUCAGUAAGAGGUUUAUUCCCUGCGUGGAGCUCACCUCCGUGUCCGUGGAUUGUAGGACUAAAGACUACCGUGAUUUUACAAGAGAAGAGACAGAAUUUAUUCUGGGGAUCUCCAGCGUUUUGAUGCUACAUUCCAGAAGCUUCUGCUGACCUCAGAGGACCAGACUGCGGACAAAAAUCCCAUUUUUCAUUCUUUUAUCUCAUGGAUAUGGCUUUUCUGUGCAGGAGGGGAAGAAAGUGGGAGCUGAUUUGAGGUCAAUGCCUUUCUCCUCUCACCUCUGAGUCACAAGUCAGCCUGAGGAGCUGCUAUAUUUACAGGGAGAGACCUAAAUAUUCCCCUGGCAUAUAAACCCUUGAUAGAUUUCUGCAUAAAGAGGCAUUGAAUUCAGUGAGCGUAUUUUCUAAAGAAAAAUGCCAGCAAAGACACCCAUCUACCUGAAAACUACGACCCCUAAGAAAGGUAAGAGGCAGAAGCUGCGGGACAUCCUCUCAGGGGACAUGAUCAGCCCCCCGCUUGGCAAUGUUCGUCACAGCGCACACGUAGGACCUGAAGGCGAGGGGGACAUGUUUGGGGACAUCGGUUUCCUCCAGGGUAAAAUGGACAUGCUGCCAUCCCUGAGCCGGCCGCAGAACGGCCACGCCCACUCCCACAGCGUGGAGAGACACAUAGGCGAGGGGUUCGCUGCCAGACACGAGGCUCACAGCUACGCCUACAAUGGCUUCCACUACCAGCACUCCUCCAACGGCCUGCUGAAAAACACGGUUUCCAUGCCAGUUUCCAUCGCCCACGAGCAGGCCCCGCCCAAACCGCCGCGCCUCCACCUGGAUGACCACGCUCCUCCCCCUCUGCAGCCUCAGCAGCAUCCUGAACCAAGCCAGUAUGACCUCCAGUCGCCUGGUGUGGCUUCAGAGCCCUGCAGAGACAUAGCCAUCCCUCCAACCAUGCGCAGGCUCGUCCCGUCCUCCGGCUCCUUCUCCGAGGUCUCCUCUGAAGACUCCAUGUCUGAGAUCUGCGGGCUCCAAGAUGUUCGCCGGGGCCUUAGCCUGGACUCUGACGCUGGCCUGAGCAAUGAGGACCUGAGGAGCGAGCAGAGCGACUCACCCUGCGCCGCCUUCCAUCCGGCAGCCAUCACAGCCUCAUCUGGGGUGCUGCGGUCAGACUCCAUGGCCAGAUUGGACCUGGAUCUAGGCCCAUCCAUCCUGGACGAUGUCCUGAGUAUCAUGGACCGCUAUAAGACUGACGACAACCGCUGCGAGCUGUGAGGACAGAACUGCGAUGCUGACAUCUCUUAACAUGCUCAAAUAUGUUUGGUGAAAAUAAUGGAUGAAGGGAUUCAUCUAUUCUGGAACAUUAUGAAGUGCAGGACUAUUGCUGCUUAAGACACUUGUUCAGAACCUAAGCCCAUCAUGAAACCUGAAAAAUGCCUCCAGAGGACUUACUGCUCCCUUUUCUGCUCUCUUAAUAUUUAAACAUGCGAUAAAGACACUCGGAGUGACCUGGGAAACCAAACAGAUGCAAAUUUAUUAUUAGAAACUACUCUAGAU